GCCGGUCAUUGAUAUAUACAGCCGCAGCGCUGAAAGGAUAAUACCCGUUUCUAUUAUCCACGUUGCGAGGUGAUAUCGCAAGGCACCACCGUACACGCAAAGGAGCAGCACACAUGACCAUCGGUGUUUUCGAUUUCAUCGUUAAACGUUUUAGAAAACUUAAUAAUGGGAGGACCAAUGUUCCUGUCAAUAGUCAGCAUAGCGCUAAUCGUUCUACAAACUCAACACACGACAGCAAAAAGACUACCCAACUUCGUGCACGUGUGUAAAAGAAGUGAUCCUCAGAUAGAAAAAUGCUUGCUACAAACUAUCGAAUCCUUAAGACCCGAGUUACCUAAUGGUAUACCUAAAAUGCAAAUCCCUGCUUUGGAACCAAUGGUCAUACCCAUGUUGGCAGUAAAUAGAAAUGAAGAUGCCCUUAAAGUUAAAGCAACUAUUAAAGAUAUACAAGCAUGGGGUGGUUCUAAAUUUGUAAUCAACAAUCUUAAGGUAAAUCUUGAAAAGUUGAAUGGCGAAGGAACAAUUGUUCUCCCGAAUUUAUUCGUUAACUGUACGUACGACAUCGACGGUCGUCUAAUGGUUGUUCCACUCCAAGGUCAAGGAAUAUUUAGAGGGAAUAUAACUAACACAAAAGCUGACGUCAAAGCAAGUCUUGAAGUAUUAAAAGACAAAAAGAAUCGUGAAUACUUCCAAGUUAAGGAUAUUCGAAUCAAACUUAAAGUUGGAGACGCAAAUGGAAAAAUAAUACCCCAAAACAUCAACAAAAAUAAUGAUGUCCUAACGGAAACGGCAUCGGCGUUUUAUCACCAAAACCGUCGAGUUGUAUUGGAUAUUAUCACUCCAAUCGCAGAAGAGAUUACUGUCGAAUUCGCGUUGCAAAUUGCCAAUAAUAUAUUGAAAACUAUACUUUACGAUGAAAUUCUACCCAAAGAACUGCCUUGAUGCGUGUAUUAUACUACGAUCGAAUUUAAUUUUUAAAUUUAAUAUUUUUCGUAAUUUAUAUUCAAUCAUUUAUUAAUCAUUUUCAUAUAUUUCAGUGUACUAUAUUCAUAAGUCAUCCAUUAUUAAAUAUAAUCUUUAUGAUCACAAAUA